AUGGACAACAGAAGGCAGCUGCUGCUGAAGUUAAUGUUGCCAGUGUUGUUGCUGCACAGUGGCACAAAUGCACGGCCUAGCAGCAGCAGCAGCAGCAGCAGCAGCAUUGGACUGCAGUCGAAUUAUCUGCAAGCAAUUGGCGCUUAUCAGCGACUGGAGCAGCGGCUGCCAAGACAGGAGCUGCAUGCGCUGACUGGCUUGGGACUGCUGAAUGGUGCACGCCAGGCAGAGCAACAGAUUGAGGAUAAUUUGCUGCAGACAGUCAAAGACUUUCUAGCGGAAACCGAUUGGCAGCAAAGCGACCAAAUGCUGCCCAAGAUCAAUCAGAUUGAGCAGCAGCUGGCGCGAGAUCAACGCGCGCUCAAUAUACUAAGCAGUGCCAUGGAUGUGCUAAGCAGCGCUAAGAAUGAGCAACAGUUUCGCCAAGAGUUGCACUUGCAACUGCAUCAGCAGCAGCAGCAGCAACAGCAACAGCAGCAGCAGCAGCAACAGCUGGGUGAGCGCUUGGGGCAGUUGCGGCAACAUAUUUUGCAAGUGCCGCAAAUGAAAAGCCAGCUGGACAUGAAAAUGGAGCAGGCAUUGCAGCAUCUACUCAAGCAGGCCACAGCGGAUGGACCCUUGGCUAGAGCCACUCAGAAGCUGCUGCAUAAGCGUGCUGCUACCACCGAGCAGCCACCAGCAGAGCAGCAACCCAUUGAGGUGCAUAUGAUCAAGUCCAUCUUAUCGGAGGAUGAUUUCCGUGAGAAUCUAUUGGAUCAGCAAUACGAGAACAGUGGCAACAGCAUGAAGCAGACAGAGCUGCCCAAAGAUGACAUUGAUGACCUGGCCCUGGACAUUGAGCGGCAAAAUGUUACAGCUAAGAACCAAACACAAAUGAGCGGCAAGCAGGAGGAUGCGGAUGAUGGCUCCGGUGAGUUGGGCGGACCUGAUGAGCCAGCUGGUGGUGGUGGCGGCGGCGGUGGUCUGGUUGGCAUUAUUGGCAGCCUCAGUGGCGGGGAGGGCGGCUCGGAUGUGGGCGCUUUGAUUGGUGCGCUAACGGGACUCAUAUCAACGCUGUUCGGUCCUGGCGGACUGGACAUUGAAUCUCUAAUAGGCACAGCCACCUCAUUGCUGGCGGGCUUGUUGUCGGGCAACAAAAAUUUUGGCACUGUGCUGGGUCAGUAUGUGGGCACAGCCUUUGAUGGAUUCUCAGGCGGUGGUGGUGCGAUCAACAAUGGACAGUUCUUGGGCAAUUUUGUGGGCACCGUGCUGGCCGCACUAAGCGCAGAUCCGGAGGAUGAGGGUCCACCACAGCCGCUGACGUUUGCCAGCAACUUUCUGAGCGGCCUGCUUGAGGCCAAGUUCCGCCCCAACUCUGGUGAGCUGAGCGAGGAGCGUCAUGGCAGCUCCGAGCUGCUGCUGCCGCGCCAAAAGAAAAAGGAAGCUGCUGGUGGCGGUGGCUUCGAUUCUGGCAGCUUUGUCAAGCAGAUUGCAUCGCAUUUGGUUAGCAGCGCUUUGGGGCUGGUGCUGAAUGCGUCUGUGGGCGCAUCGGGUGGCGCCUCGCAAGCGGCCGGCGGUCUCUUCUCCAGCAGCAGCCAUCACAUGAAGUCAGCCAAAGGCUGA